AUGUCGAGCUCCUCUGAGCCCAUCAUCAUCGGCGUCCUCGCCCUUCAAGGCGCAUUCGCCGAACACAUAGCCUACCUAACCCACUGCCUCCCCUCUUCAUCCACCUCCUCACUUACCGCGAUCCCCAUUCGGUCCCCUACCGAGCUCGCAUCCUGCUCGGCCCUAGUCAUUCCAGGUGGAGAAUCGACCGUUAUCCAGUCCGUCGCAGAUCGGACGCCGGGGAUGCUGGCUACCCUGCAGGCGUUUGUGAGGGAUCCGGAGAAGGCGGUGUGGGGGACGUGUGCGGGGAUGAUCCUCAUGGCGGAGGAGGAAGGGGUGGGAGGGGGGAAGGUUAUUCCGGGGAGGGAGAGGCAGAGGGGAUGGGGUGGGAUCGAGGGGCUGAAGGUGUGGCGGAAUCUGUACGGGAACCAGCUGGAAUCGUUUGAGGCCCCUCUGGUUAUCCCAGACCUAUCCAAUCCGACCGAGCCCUUCCCAGCGAUCUUCAUCCGCGCUCCAGCCGUCCACUCUCUGCACCCUAGGAAACUAGAGGAUCACACUGCCUCCUCAUCCGCAUCUUCAUCCGCUCCCACUCUGUCAGCGUCUUCCAUCACCUCCCCCGCCCAGCUUCCUACCCCCGCAUCGACCCCACCCCGCCUUGCCUCCCCGUCUUCCUCGUCAAGAGUUCCAGUAAUAGCACUGGCGACUCUGCCCGCAGAAUAUCAACCCCCACCGCCGCCCUCCGACUCGCACCUCGGCGCACCGACAGUGGAGGAUUUGGGCAAGGUGAUGCUCAGACAGGGCAAGAAGAUGGUCACUAGUUUCCAUCCGGAGUUGAGCGGGGAUGUGAGGGUACAUCGAUAUUGGGUGGAGAAGUGUGUGUUGGGGGAGAAGUAG